UCUACACAGGUUUUAAUAAAUCUCCUGCAUGGAGACACACCCUAAUCCUAGCCUCAUUUUCAGUUAAAGUUGCAAUCACCUGACCUGCGUUACACAUUUUAGGCGUUUGAUAGCAAGUGGAAUCCAGGAUUUUAUAAGUGAGAAGGUGAAGGUUGAGGGUUACUGAUACAUGCACAAACUUAGAGCGCAAAAUGCAGAAAAAAACACGGUCUCCUUCAAAGGCUCCACCUAAACCAUUCAAACAAAGAAAAUGUUUAGCAACCAGAAAGUCAGAAGUCAUUGGUAUAAAGGCCAAGUUUCCUACAAAAAUCCCGGUAAUCGUAGAGAGAUACCAAAAAGAAAAAUACCUUCCUCUCCUAGACAAAACCAAAUUUCUUGUUCCUCAGGAUCUUUCUAUGUCUCACUUUGUAAAUAUUAUCAGAAACCGAAUGGACUUAUCAGCAACACAAGCUUUUUAUAUUCUGGUUAAUGAGAAGAGCCUUGUUAGUAUGUCCCUCACCAUGUCAGAAUUGUACAGGGACCAUAAGGAUGAAGAUGGCUUUUUAUAUAUGAUUUAUGCAUCCCAGGAGAUGUUUGGAUGAGCAUGUGCUUUCUUAGAAUUUUAUUUUUCAAAACUGAAUUAUAGCAAUCCCCUUAUCACAAACUGAGAUUUUAUCAGAUUCAAAAUGGUCCUAAUUUUAGUUAAUAUAGUUUUAAUGGAUUUGUAGAUUCUUUUAUAAUUGUUUGCAGACAACUGUAAUAAAGAACUUUAGCAUGGUUUUGACCUACUUUAACAUUGUUUUAGUCUGAUUCUUGGAAGACAGAAAACCUUGCCUGCUCACAGGAGAAACCAAUCUUAUGUACCUGUCAUCAAACCAUAUUUUCUAAACAAACUCAGAUUCUAUUCCCUAACUACUCUUAACACCACUACUGCCCCUAAAAAUAAAUAUAAACUUUUUUUUUUUUUUUUUAAAGCUCUGUAUCAUAGCUUUCCUCUUGCUUACAUUGCGUGAGCUCCUGGCAGGAGAAAGCGGGUGUUCCCCAGCAGGUGCGAUAUCACUGAAGCCUGUAAGAGCUGUGCCUCGCCGCACCCCCUAUGCACUUUCUGCCAGACCAGGAGGAAACCAAGCUGUUUGACUUGCGCAGGGAACAGAGCCACCUAGUGGCCAUUUUUUCAUUGACAUUAAAAAACAUAGCUUGCGAAUUUUAACAGCAAGUAAGUAGCAAAUUGUCUUAUUACAUAAGAAACA